AUGUCGACGGAAAGAGCAGAAACCCAUAUCAAUGGCAUGCGACUUGGACCACUGACAAGAGAAAUUCCCGAGUGCGUUCGGGAUAAAUAUACCGUAGUACAAACAAUUUUAGACUUUAUAGCAUUUUGGAUACUUAUAAUUGGACAUAUUAUUAAGGGAAUAUAUAGGUCGAUAUUUGGAUAUCCAAAGAAGGAACUUAGAGGCAGUAUUGCUGUAGUAACUGGCGGUGGGGGAGGCCUUGGUAGUCUGGUGGCCUUGAGAUUGGCGAGACUCGGCUGUACCGUGGUUUUAUGGGAUAUCAAUAAACAAGGUUUGGAUGACACUGUGAAGCUAGUCAAGGGGAUAGGAGGAAAAUGUCACGGGUACGUUGUGGACCUGGCGAGUCGAGAAGACGUGUACAGGGUCGCAAAGACGGUGCACGAGGAAGUCGGGACGGUAAGCCUGUUGAUCAACAACGCCGGUGUUGUGUCCGGACAGUACCUACUGGAUACGCCCGAUCACCUAAUAAAGAGGACUUUUGACGUCAACGUGUUAGCUCAUUUCUGGACCGUAAAAGCUUUCUUGCCAGCCAUGAUCGAACAAAAUAAUGGCCAUAUUGUCACCAUAGCUUCAAUGGCUGGUCACGUCGGCGUGGCCAAGCUGGUAGAUUACUGUUCGUCAAAGUCCGCUGCUUGUGGCUUCGACGAAGCGUUGAGAAUCGAACUUGAAGUACGCGGCAUUAAGGGAGUUAAUACUUCAGUCAUAUGCCCCUACUUCAUCCGUUCGACAGGCAUGUUUGAAGAAGUUAAUUCAAGGUUCGUGCCGCUACUGAACUCGAACGAGGUAGCCGACCGUGUGGUGUACGCGAUCCGCACCAACGAGCACUUCGCCGUUAUGCCGGGCUACUUCCGGCUGCUGAUGCCUUUUAAAUGGUUGGUACCAUGGCCUUGUACAUCGGAGUUCAUCCGUAAGCUAGUGCCGGACGCUGCGCCGGCACCAGUAACGCCGGCCCUCUCUCAGGAGUCCGAGUCCCUGUCACCGAGCACACACAAGAGCAAGCUCGACUCGCGCCCCAUGUCGCUGGCGCCGCCCGCGCGUCACGACCGACACGUCUGA